CUUAAUAGUUUUCGAGCGAUGUGUUGCAAGUAUUAAUACAAGGAAGACCAUAAUAUUCAAAAAAUUUAUCGUUGGAAUAUUAUUGUCGUUAUGUUUCGUUCACGGUAAUUUAGAAUUCUUUUGUUCCCGAUCGAAGUCCGCUCUGUUGUGUUAAAAUUUAGCUAAUGAAUCCACUGUAAAGAUUAAAUGGAUCUUUUUGAAUGGAACGAUGAGUCGGCCUCGACUCCUUUUCCCUCAAGUUUCGAGGUCAAAGUUACGCACUAUAAUAUUCGAAACAGUGAUGUGAAUAAGGUGUGCAACUUUUACAGGUGUUCAGUGGUUUUGCGUUCGUGUGAAAAUUAAUACUCACAGAUUUUUUUAAUUAUCACUUUCGAGGCCACUAGCAAACACUCCUCGCAGAUCAACAGAACAAUUGACUCAUUGCAGUACGGCAACGUUAGAAGAGAUCCUGGAUAAUACAGACGGAAUAAAAAAGCGUACCGUUUCUGAAAAGAUCAUGAGUAUCUGUAAAACUGCCAUACGUUGGGUGCUCCUGUUGGAUAUUUUACUUGCCCUAUCAGUAAUCGUACUUCUGGCAGUGUUGGAAUUUGGAACUAUUCCGCAACAGCGAAUCGGCUUUUACUGCAAUGACCCGACAAUUUCGUUUAGGUUUCUGGGAGAUACAAUUUCUAUUACACUAUUGAUUAACGGUUGCCUCCUAACGCCAAUUAUUGUGAUGUGGCUAGCCGAAUAUGCGUGUCAUCCUGUUGAUAGCUAUAGUAUAGCUUCAGGAUACGCUGGUUCGAGAACGAAACAAGUGUGGCUGUGGUAUGGCCACUAUUUAGUUGGAAUAAUUACUUUGACGUUUAUAUGCGAUGUGAUGAAAACUCUAAUCGGCGAACCAAGGCCGCAUUUUUUGGAUACGUGUAAGCCACGCGAAGCAACCAAUUGCACCGACGAAUACGUAGAAGCAUAUACAUGCACGAAUACAAAUUAUACACACUGGUUUGUCUCAGACUCUAGUAAAUCGUUUCCGUCUGGGCAUUCUGCUCUUUCCAUGUAUGCAUCUGUUUUUAUAAUGUGGUACUUACAAAACCGUUUGCCAAAUCGGACAUUUCUUAUAAAACCGUGGCUACAAUGCGUAGUAUGUUUGUGGACUGUAGUAUGUUCACUGACCAGAAUCAGUGAUCACAGGCACCAUUGGUGGGAUGUACUCGCUGGCAUAAUUUUGGGCUUCGCCUUCAGUGUACUAACCGUUACAGUGUCAUGUCGUGCGUUUCGUUUGAAUCGGAUCGACACGCGCGUCUAUAGUGAGGGUAUAGAGAACGGGCAAAUGAAUUUCAACAGUAAAAAAUACCACAGCGUCAAGAAACUCCUGCACGAAACGACUGUUGACCUUCACGAAGGUCGUGAAUCGAAAAGUGCAUCGUCAAAUUGGAAAGAAUGACUAAUGCUGUGAAAUUUCGUGAUAGUCGAAAGCUCAAAAAACAAAUUUAAAGCCGCUCAAACGUUUAUUUUAUAAAUUUCUUCGACAAAACGAUGAAUUGUAUUUGCAUUAAACCAAUAAAUUUUAUUUAUUUACGUCAUCAACCCAAUAGAAAGGAUCGAACGAAAAAGAAUUUAAUUUCAAAGUUAAAAUGUAGAUGUUUAAAACCUUUCUUGAACUUUUAAAUCGUAAUGUUAGUUGCGCAUUAGUGAAAUGUAAUAAGUUUAAUAAAAAAAUUUUUUUUAAAUGUCGAAAAUCGUGGAUUAAUCGAAACGAAACGUAGCGAUAGAAUAGCUUUGUUUUUUGAGGCUUUUGAUUGUGAUUAAUACGCUUCUAACGAAGGGAUUACAGUUUGUUAGCGAUGGUAUUAAAAACCUUUAGUGAAAUGUAGAGGAUAAUAUUAAAACCCGAGAAAUGUAAACGUAUAAUAUUAAGAACCAUUUUUAUCCGAACGAGCAAAACUCUGUACGUAACAAUGAAGCGGUAUUUUUAAUUAAGCAAAAUUCAAUCCUACAGUUUUUCCAAACCAUAUUAAUUUAUAAUCUUAUAUAACAGGAUAGAAAUGUGCAGCAAGAUUGGUGAAGAAAAGGUCAAAUCUAGCCAUUUUCUUUUGUAUCGAUUGUAGUUUGAGCGUUUAGGCUAAUACCGGCGAUCUAUUGUAGAGUGAAAAAAAGAUCAGUUUUGUAAAAGAUCGCGAAUUUUGCAAGUAAGCAAUUAAUCGACACAAUCAGUAUUUCCCUUACUUAUAGUGCUACGUUCCCUGUAAUCCCGAGAUUGAUCUUUGUUAUUCCAUGAUAGGACGCUAUUUUUGAAAAUUGGCGCACCAUACAAAGAGUCUGCGAGCCGUUUCUUCCUUAAUUAUACGGAGAAGCAAGAGAAUAAUAAGUAGCACAUUAGUCCAUUUAAGUUAAUUAAGCAACUAAAUAAAUUCCAACAGUGCAUAGAACAUUAUUUUUGUUCCAGUAUCUUUAAUCUUAGUGUAAUUAGUUUAUUAGUUUCUUGAAUAAAUAAUUAAUUCAUUCGUUUAAAAAUAGGACGUAAGAAGCAGUCGAAUGAAAAAUUGUUCGUGAUUACUAGCGUCCCCCUUUUCGUAUUUCUAGAUUACUUACGAUUUAUAAUACAUUCCACAAUUAUUAUCCUUUACUUAAUUUAAUUACAACUGUCGUGCGAACAUGUAAAUUGUCGUUACGUUGAAUAUAAGGAAAACAAGAAAUGUAAAUAAUAUAAUCUAUUAUUUAAUGAAGUAAUAAUUGCAGAUAGUGAUCUAUUGCUGUAAAUAUAUAAUAAUUUUGAAAUGUUGUCUACAAAAAUAAAUUUCAGAUAAACUUUUUUUUGACACGCCUUGCAGAAAUACUUUCCAUUUUCUUUAGGCAGCAUUAGUUAAAUGAACUAGUA